AUGUCAAAUCUCAGACCCAUAAUCACGAUUUGUGGGACCACGGGCGUCGGAAAGUCCAAGCUGUCCAUCGAGCUGGCUCUCAAGAUUGCUCAAGGAAUACACGGAUGGAGAGGCGCGAGGAUCAUCAACACCGACUCCAUGCAAGUAUACACUGGGAUGGACGUGAUCACAAACAAAGUCCCAGUCGCGGAAAGAAUGGGAGUCGAGCACCUUCUCAUGGACUUCAAGCAGCCUGGGGAGCAGUACGUUGUGGGUCAGUGGGUCCAAGACGCUAUCAAGGCGAUCGACGAGACGCACCGGAUGGACAUGAUACCGAUUAUUGUCGGCGGUACAUCUUAUUGGAUCCAACAUCUCAUGUUUCCGAGUCGGCUGCCCACUCCAGGGCAAACGUUAUCGGAUUCCGUCGCGCAGUCCAUUGCCAACUUGCCUCCCGAACUCCUCGAGCUAUUCAAUGCGCUUCCAGAGCAUCCUCCAUCCGCAGCAUCUCACCCUCAGGAUGCGAUGUUGCUGCACAGACUUCUCACUGCGCUCGACGAACCAGUCGCUCAGCGAUGGCAUUGGAGAGAUACGCGCAAAGUGAUGGGAAGCCUUCGUGUGAUCAAAGACACCGGGAAGGCCCCGAGCGAAAUUAUCAUCGAGCAGUCUAAAACGGCGUUGAUUCCGAGGUAUCGAACCCUGUGUUUCUGGCUCUAUGCCGAGCCUUCCAUCUUGAAUGAGCGCUUGGAUGCAAGGGUAGACGACAUGAUCAAGGCUCGUUCAGGAAGGCUGUUGAAUGAAAUCAAAGAACUCCGAGCGAUCGCUUCCUCCCCCGCAUGCAGUUCGCCUGACGGAGUCGUCGCAUGGCCGUCCGACGAAUCAACCGUGCAGCAGACUGAUUAUACUGUCGGCAUCUAUCAGUCUAUCGGUGAAUUUCGUCCGGUUUUUUUCUACGACACCGACUUACAAGACCUAGGAUAUAAAGAGUUUCAUGAUUACCUCGCUUCUGCAGAGCCCUCCGAGAAGGUGUUUGUGUCCGCUGUGGGCGAGUGA